GGGCGGCGGUGGGCGGUUCCUCUGCAACCCCCUGGUCUCCCCUUGAGCUGAGAGCGUCCCUCCGCAGCCCGGGACAAGCCACCGCCAUGGCCCUGCUCCGAGGUGUGUUCAUCGUGGCGGCUAAGCGCACGGCCUUCGGGGCUUACGGAGGUCUCCUGAAGGACUUCACAGCGACGGACUUGACGGAGUUUGCUGCCAAGGCCGCCUUGUCCGCUGGCAACAUCCCGCCUGAAACCGUUGACAGCGUCAUCGUCGGCAAUGUCAUGCAGAGCUCCUCAGAUGCUGCCUACUUGGCGAGGCACGUGGGUUUGCGAGUAGGAGUCCCUAAAGAGGUGCCGGCUCUCACGAUUAACAGGCUCUGUGGCUCCGGUUUCCAGUCCAUUAUAAAUGGAUGUCAGGAAAUCGGUGUUAAAGACGCUGACGUUGUUCUGUGUGGAGGAACAGAAAGCAUGAGCCAGGCCCCCUACUGCGUCAGGAACGUACGCUUUGGAACCAAGUUUGGAUCUGAUCUCAAGAUGGAAGAUUCUUUGUGGGCCGGAUUAACGGACCAGCACGUCCAGCUCCCCAUGGGAAUUACUGCAGAGAAUCUUGCUGCCAAGCAUUCAAUAAGCAGAGAACAAUGUGACAGAUACGCCCUACAAUCCCAGCAGCGGUGGAAAGCUGCUAACGAUGCUGGCUGCUUCACUGCGGAGAUGGCGCCCAUCGAGGUGAAGACGAAGAAGGGAAAACAGACCAUGCAAGUGGACGAGCACCCUCGGCCCCAGGCCACCCUGGAACAGCUGAGCAAACUGCCUCCGGUUUUCAAGAAGGAGGGGACCGUCACGGCAGGAAACGCCUCGGGGGUGUCUGAUGGCGCUGGAGCGGUCGUCAUCGCCAGCGAAGACGCCGUGAAGAAACACAGCUUCACACCGCUGGCCAGAGUCGUGGGCUACUUUGUGUCUGGCUGCGACCCCGCGAUCAUGGGCAUUGGCCCUGUUCCUGCUAUCAGCGGGGCACUAAAGCGAACAGGACUGAGUCUGAAGGACAUGGACUUGGUGGAAGUGAAUGAAGCUUUUGCCCCGCAGUACUUGGCCGUUGAGAAAAGUCUGGGUCUGGACCCGAGCAAAAGCAACGUGAACGGAGGAGCCAUUGCUCUGGGUCACCCGCUGGGAGGAUCGGGGUCCAGAAUCAUCUCGCACCUGGUUCACGAAUUAAGGCGUCGCGGUGGGAAAUACGCGGUGGGGUCGGCGUGCAUCGGCGGUGGCCAGGGCAUUGCGGUCAUCAUUGAGAACACGGCUUGAGGAGGACCAGGAGUGGCUGCAGCCCCGCUUUCUGCAGCUGCUCUGCCGGCUGGCCGCCUGUCGGGCUAUGGCCGGGCCCCGGGGCCCUGCCGAGUCUGACCCUGAGCUGUUGUCAUCCCUAAGAGCCCCCAACCCCUGGCCAGGCAGACAUUCUCUCCAGAUUGCCCCUGUCAGGGAUGACAUAAUUUUGACCUGAAGCCCAAUCUAGGCCUUAAAAGAAGUGCUACCCUUGCCAAAGCGCCACCACAGAUGCCUUAGGUAGUACGAUUGCUGGGAGAUACCUAAUAAACGUUGCCUUGACUAUUUCUU